CUCCUCCGUUUAGUAUCAGAGAGACCGUCCACUCGGCCAGUCCUAGCCUAGGCACUAUUCUGUGGUGUGGUGAGAGUCGCGCUUUCCGUUUCAGUCUAAGCCGGGACAUUCAACGAUAGUGACGUGCAGCGGUUUUGUUGGGAAAGUACUUGUUUGUACUGGAUUGUCCUGGUGUCCUUCUCUCCACGUGCAAGGAAAGAAAUGCAGUUGUCACGUGCUGCAUGCAGUUGAAGAACUUUGAAAUGACAGGACAGGCUUUUGGGGGGAGAAAAAGUUCGUCAUUGAACUAGAAUGCGCUUAUCGAGCACACAAUCACAACCGCACACAAGUGCACUGGAAUAUUGAUGAGCUCAAGUCACCACUUCGGGCAAAGUGGACAGCCAUGCUGUCUUCGUCGUACAAGAUUUAGUGUCCUGUGAGGAGUUCCUCAAUUCGAACGAGACAUGCAAACAAAUUUGGCCCUCGAAGAUAUGGCUAUCUGUGAAAGUUGAAACAAAGUAAAAAGUGACGACCGCCGUGAAUAGAACGAGUGAAACCCAAACCAAACCGCAUGUCGUCGUCGUCGUCUAACUGAGUGAUAACGAAAAAUACAACAUCAUCAACAACGUCGUGCUAAAAGUGUCCUUAUUUUCGACUGGAAUGUGCGCUUUUUCGUAUUCGUGUCAGCGGAAAUAAUAAUAAUUUAUUCGACAAGAGUGGGGAAGUGAAACAAAACACAACAACACAAACAAAAAAAAAAUACUUGAAACUAAAGAGAUGUACUACUACUAAGUCCGCCGACUAAUCGAGCAGAAGCAGCAGCAGUACGUAGAAACGUAUUACACCAGCACUGCACACGUAAACCGGGCGGAUAGAUUAAGCUAAAAAUGAUAAUAUUCCUCUACCUGAUCCUGGUGCUGGCCUGGGCCCUGCUCAUCAUCAUCCUCAAGUGCAAAAAGGCACGCGCCAAGCGGCUGGCCGAGCUGCAGGAGGCGUCCCAGCCCGUCCACGUGGUUCAGAUCGGCUCGAACCUGUACGACAUAAUGUCGAUUCAGCACCACCACCACUCCCACCCGAUGGGUCGCGUACCCCCGUACGGGACGGUUUACGACUGUCUGGGCACCGGUGACCAUCAACACCACCACCACGGGACGACGCCGGGUUCCAACGGGGGAGGGCGCUCAUCGGUGACACAUUCAAACGCGGCCUUCGUCGGGGAUGACGGCAGCGUCUACCCGGGAAGUCACAUCUCCCCACUGGAGCCACCCCCUUCGUACGAUGAGGUGAUACGACUGCCCGCUCACUAUCCCAAGGUGGAAACCUUUGUACCCGAGAUGGUGGUUCCCUCCGACGAAUCAGCGGCGGCAGCAGCCACGGCUACUAGGAGUGCCGCCACCGCCCCCAGCUGUGAGUCCCCGCCGGCGUUCAGCGUGAGCGGGCUGGCCCGGAUAAAGCCCAUCUCGGCGGCGGUCAGUUCUUCGACCGCGACGACGGCGACGAGCACCUAGUCAAGCGCAGGAAGCUACACUGAACAUGGUUUUGUGAAUUAAGUUUAAGGAUUAGCUCUAGUAGGGAUCGACUUAACGUGCAAUGAAUUUGAGAGAAAUCGUUGUAAGAACUAUCAGCAACAUGUUAACGUUUGUAGAACAAAUAAGUUACCAUCUAGGAUUUUUAAGAGAAUCACUAUUUGCCAUAUCGUUUUUAGUAAAUGUUCACUGAAAUACACGAAACUUCGGUGAAAAAAAUAAAA